AUGAAAUUCGGUCUCAAUGUUCGCAAGAAAGCCCAGCCUCGGCCAAUGUUUAGUCGACGCAAUCAAUUGGGUCAAGACGAUGACGACGAUGAGCAAGAGGAUGAGCAACAACAACAGAAUCAGCAGAAUGCCAAAAAGCAACACCGUGCCAUAGUGAAUCAGCAACUUGGACAGUCCACAAAGAUGACCAAAAAGGUGGCCGAGCAACAUGCCAAAGCACUGGAAGAGGAUGCCAACAUUUUCGACUACGAUGCCGUCUAUGACGAUCUGAAGGAAGCUGAGCGUUUAAAACGGGAAGCCCAAAAGGGAGUGGAUACCAAGAAGCCAAAAUACAUCAAGGCAUUUUUGGAAGCAGCCGAGACACGUAAAAAGGAUCGAUUGAUGGCUGAAGAAAAGAAGAUUGCACGUGAACGUGAAGCAGAAGGAGAGAUGUAUGCCGACAAGGAAGUUUUUGUGACUGAAACAUUCAAAAAGCAAAAAGAAGAAUUGAAGCGUAUUGAGGAAGAAGAAAAGCGACGUGAAGAGGAAGCCAACAAGAAGAAAAAGAUGACUUCAUUCUAUCGACAAUUGUUGAAUGAGAAAGGCAACGAACGACAGGAGCUUGAACAAUAUCUCAAGAUGCACAAGGGAUCGAAAUCCAAGUCAGAAGCCGAGAUGAAAGAAGUGUUGGAUGCUGAAUUGGCGCAGCAAGCUCGUCGUGAAGGAAAGGAUGUUAUGCUCAAUGACAACAAUGAAAUUGUGGAUCGACGACAGUUGUUGGGUGCUGGCUUGAAUGUACGACCCAAAUUUGGAUCACUUGGAUCGCUCGCAGACAAAGGUGCUCAGGAACGACAACGCGAAUACGAUGAAUACAAACGAAAGAAGGUGGAGGAAUAUGAAGCUAAACGUCGUGGUGGUGGUGAUCAAGCAGAACGUGAACGAUACAGUCGAGAGAUUGAAAAGCAAAUGAUGGAAAGCAAGGCUAAAGAACGUGAAGAAGAAGAACGCAAGCAAAAGGAAAUGGCCGAGAAAGCAGCUGCCAAACGCACUACCGAUGAAUCAGCCAUGAGCGCACGUGAACGUUAUUUAGCAAGAAAGAAACAAAAGUUGGAACAGACAUCAUCAUCAUAA